ACACAACAUAACCCCACAAAAUGUGUGUCUAAUUUUUGAAAAAAUGAUUUUUAAUUUUAGUAAGUUAUUAAUAAAGACUUGUUGUACAAGAUAUUCCACCGUACAAUUGCAAAACCUUACAAAAUCUGAACGUAUUAAAGAGUUGUAUAAAAUGGCAUUACCAAAAAGCAGGCAGGAUCCUGUUGUUCUUAAACUUGAUACGGAGGAAUUUAAGUCUAUAUUUACGGAAGAGUUGAAAUCGUUGGUGUCAAUAUUCAAGAAUAAUGGUUUUGAAAUUAGGAUUGUGGGUGGUGCUGUUAGGGAUUUGUUAAUGGGUAAAACCCCUAAGGAUUUGGAUUUUGCCACUACUGCAACUCCGAGUGAGAUGAAGGAGAUGUUUGAGAAAGAAAAUGUGAGGAUGAUUAAUAUGAAUGGGGAAAAACAUGGCACUAUAACUCCAAGGAUUAAUAACAAGGAAAACUUUGAAGUAACAACACUAAGAAUUGAUGUUGUUACUAAUGGAAGGCAUGCUGAAGUUCAGUUUACUACUGACUGGAUGUUGGAUUCUUUGAGAAGGGAUUUGACAAUAAAUUCUAUGUUUUUGGGUAUUGAUGGUUCAGUUUAUGAUUACUUUUUUGGAUAUGAUGAUUUAAAAAUAAAAAGGGUAGCAUUUGUUGGUGAUGCUACUACUAGAAUUCAAGAAGAUUAUUUAAGAAUAUUGAGAUAUUUUAGAUUUUAUGGGAAAAUUGCAGAAUAUCCAAAUAAACAUGAAGAAGAUACUUUAAAAGCAAUUUGUAAGAAUAUUUCUGGUUUGGAAAGAAUCUCAGGGGAAAGAAUUUGGACUGAGUUAAAGAAAAUAUUAGAAGGAAAAUUUGCAGGGGAAUUAUUUAAUACAAUUAUAGAUUGUAAACUUCAUACUUACAUUGGUUUGCCAGAAGUAUGCAACACAAAUGAGUUGUCUUUGGUAUGGAAACAAAGUCAACAACACAAAAUGAACGCUAUAACAUUACUGUGUAGUGUUUUAACCACUCAAGAUGAUGUUGUGGCUUUAAACAAUCGUUUAAAAUUAUCAGCAUUUGAAAGGGAGUUAGCUUUGUUCAUUGUAACCCACAGGGAGCCUAAAUUGGACCCUAAACCACUAAAACCAUACCAACAACUUCUGGUGAAAAGUAAAUCCAGACAGUCUGAUACAAAGCAGUGGAUUUUGGAAGUUUUAAAGUAUAAUAAUUCGCCGCAUUUAGAGGAGUUUGCAAAUUGGGAGGCUCCGAAAUUUCCCAUUAAUGGAGUUCUCUUAAAAGAUAAAGGUGUGGAGAGUGGAAAAUUCAUGGGGCUGGUUAUGGAUAAGUUGAAGCAGUAUUGGGCUGCCAACAAUUUUAUUAUGGAUAUUGAUUUUUUAUUAAAGGAAUUGCCUAAUGUUGUUGAACAGUUGUCAUUAAAAAGAAAAAAUAAAUAA